AUGUGCCUUGAUCCUUCAUCACGUCGCGCCUUUUUUGCAAACACGCGCGAUGCAAUUUGCCUACAAUUGAUUGGCAUCCAGCGUUCUGAGUUUGCCUCUCCGCCGAGCUUCUGGAGAGCGCUGGAGCUGGAAAAUGCCAUACCUGGUAUGUCUUCCAAAUACGGUAUGAGACACAUGGACAACGCAAAAGAUGUUCAUGAAACUGCCAAAACAUGCGCCAUGUGCUUCCUCGUGCUUGUGGCUUUUACACAGCGAUACAAAUAUACCCGCCCCUUUGCGGAAAAGCCCAUCUUUCUCAGUCCUUUGUGGACUACUGGAACUGCUACGCCAAAGACUCCCAAUCCUGUGGAUGAUCAAACACCCCUCAAAGGGAUGCUCAUUUGGGUGCCAAUUGACGGCCAUCCGCCUAUCGAAGGAAAUUUAGAUAUUAUCGAGCGAGGGGGAUAUGCCCCAUGCAUAUUGUUAUUUUUCACUGAUGAUGAAAGUCCUCAUACAUUCCAGCGCAUAGUCGGCAGAUGCCCAGUUCGCCACGAUACGGGAAGUCCCCAAACACUCUCACGCCUCCGUCAUUAUUUCACCACAUGCCGAGGGAAUCACCCCAAGUGUUUGGAAACGGUCGCAGGUCCUCCUUUCGGCAAAGAUGAAGAACCGAUACUUCCAACACGUAUCAUCGACCUCGGGCAUCCAGGUUCUAACGGAGAGCCUGAACCUCGCCUAAUUUAUGCAGAAAAAUCUCGCGGCAACUAUGUCGCCCUUAGCUAUCGUUCUCCCUAUAAUACAGAACCGUUUUGCACAACCAGUAAGAGUAUCGGGGACCAUCUCCAGGGCAUCCCAUGGGACAAUUGUCCCAAACUAUUUCGAGAUGCGAUGAAGAUGACCAAGGACCUGGGUAUGCGUUACAUCUGGAUUGAUCUACUCUGUAUUGUACAGGAUGACCGUGAUGAGUGGCUCAGUGAAUCGAAAAAGGCGGCUAAAAUUUUCGAGAGAGCAACACUCGUUAUUGCCGACUCGAUGGCAUGGACUUUCGACGAGGGACUCUUCAAUUCUCGGGGAAUGUUACGAUAUUCACCAUCUCCAACUCUUGCCCGGAUCCCCUACCAUGACGUAUCUGGGAUUUCAGAUGGCACAAUGCUCUAUGUCGAUUAUGACAUCUCCUACAGUCCCUGGGGACCUCGAAACGACGAUCCAAAUGAGACGUACAGCAGCUUCCAAGGGCGGGCCUGGGUGACGCAAGAAUUCUUAAUGGCACGGCGUGUCGCUUUCUUUACGUUAUCUGGUUUCGUCUGGUCAUGUAGAUCAAUUCGAAUAAGACCCAACGGCAUCCAAGACGCGUCAACCAGAAAUUUACACAACAUGAAAUGGUCCGAAAUCGUCCAGCAACAUGUGUCGACCGAGCUGAAGCAACCAGAGGACCGACUUCUGUCUCUGGAAGGCCUUGGUACUGAGAUACAGAAGCGAUACGGUGGAAUCCCGUACAGAUAUGGUGUGUUUGAGAAGGAACUACAGCUGCAGCUGAUGUGGCGGGUCGAUCGUGGACAGGCAGAGCGGCACAAGAAUCCUAUCUCUAUACCAUCGUGGUCAUGGGCAUCAAGCUUGGCGAGGAUUCAAUUCUUCGACCAAUUUGAGACACCGGGGCCUUUAUCUAACGUGGUACAUUUAGAAGAUUGUGGGCAGAUGAGUUUCGAUGGUGACGCAGUUGUGAUACCGGCCGGGAAGAUGAGAAAGCUGAAGAAAUACCCUUGGUGGCGGAAGAUGAAGGUCGUUCCGGAGGAGUUUUACGAGCAGAGAUAUAAUUGGGAAAAUUCUGUUCGUUAUGACGAACUCGAAUCACCUGGUAUCUUUUCGGGAUCUCUUUUUGCGCUUUUGCUCUGUACUAGGCAAUUAAAAUGGUCGGAGGAUCGCAUAGAAACCCAAGAGUACUUUAUUGUCUUAAGGAGGAUCUCCAGAUGCAAUCACACGUACGAGAGGAUUGGAGCAGGAAUGUCUUGCAAUCGGGAGCAACAAGAGUUUGUGGGUAAUCUGCCGAUGUUAUCUACAGACUGUAAAAUCAAGGAGAACAUUCGGAUUAUUUAG